GGGACUUCAGAAGAGCUCGCACGCCUAUCGCCUCGUCAACGACCUGCUCUUUUCAACCAGGCCACUCGUUGGCUUUCUUGCCAUUUGUGAUUUUACCUUCUGUUGUUUUUCUUUUUCCAGAUAUUUAUAUUUUUUUCUGAGGGCUUUACAUUUUCCAGAUCUUUACAAAAUAGGAAAAAAAAGGGUAAUUAAAAAAAAUAAAAUAAAAACGAAGGGAAGGGAAGGGCUGUUUUCUCCUCAAAUCUGAAUCACGCCCUUCCCUCUGUUCUCUCGUGGCGUUCGCAGGCCUUUCCAGAUCUCCAUUCUUCAGUUUUCCUAUAGAGAAGAGAGGUAGAAGGAGGGAGAGAGAGGGGGAGAGGGAGACGGAAAGAGAGAAAAGAGGUGAGAUCAAAGUUCUGAUAUAACGAAAGGAAGAGAGAAGGAAGGAAUAAAGAGAAGAGGAAGAUAGGAAAGAUGCAGAACAAUUUCCUGACGAGUAUAAGGAGCAUGAAGCUGAUCGAAGGGUGCAAAGGAACGCAGGUAUACGCGGUGAACCCUUCGUCUACCGUCGCUACGGCAGCCGAGAAGCUGGCGAGCCUCCGUCCAACAUUCUCCCUUCGUUCUAAAUCCAUCAGCCAGCAUCAACAUCCCACUAACAACCAGCAUCAAAACUAUCACCAUCGCACUCUUUCUCUCGAUUCCCUCAUUUCCACCAUCGGACUUCCCUCUCCCGACCUCAUUGAUCCCUCUAUCGACCCUUUUCUCCGUCCCAUUGAACAUGUCGAUGCCCUCGCGUCUUCAUUCCGCUCCCUGUCCUCUGCCAUGUCCUCAUUGGCUUCGUCUUCGCUUCCGUCCUCUUCGCUCUGCGACGUCCAUCUGGAGCAUUGCGCCCUCCUUCGCAGCAUUGGCGACCCGAAGUUGCUCCGCCGCGCACUCCGCUCCGCGCGUAUCCACUCCCGGGAUAUUCACCACAAAAUCGUCCUCUCUGCUUGGCUACGCUUUGAGCGCCGGGAGGACGAACUCGAGCCCUUCCCUUCCCCUCUUAACUGCUACCCAACCUCUCCCGCCCUUGAAUGCCCCCGCGCCGCCCUUACCUCGGGCUAUGCUCCUGACGUCCCCUUCGAUCCUUGUCCCUGCCGCUGUAUCGCCGAUCCAUCCGCCUCUUCGUCGGCCGCGGCUCGGCCACCCGAUCUAGACGAACGCGACAUCGACCUCUGGUUCAGCAUCGGCAACGAGGAGAUCCCAUGCGUCCGCUCCCAUAUCGCCGCCCUAUCCAGACCCCUUUCCACACUGCUCUACGGAGGCUUCGCCGAGGCCUGUCGCGAGCGUAUCAAUUUCACCCAUAACAGCAUCUCCGCCCGUGCUAUGCGCGCCGUUGAAGCGUUCAGUCGCGGCGGUAGCCUCGACGACUACCCGCCGGACACCGUCCUCGAAGUCCUUGCCUUUGCCAACCGCUUCUGCUGUGAGGGACUCAAGGCCACUUGCGAUUCGAAGCUUGCCUCCAUCGUCCGCAAUGUCGACGACGCCCUCCUCUUUAUCGACUACGCGCUGGAUGAAACGGCUUACGUGCUCGUCGCCGCCUGCCUACAGGUUUUCCUCCGCGAGUUACCAAGGUCUCUGCAGAAAACGGAGAUCAGCGUAAUUUUGUGCAGCCCUGAGGGCAGAGAGCGGCUUGCGAUGGCUGGACACGCCUCGUUCGCUCUAUACUACUUCCUGAGCCAGGUAGCUAUGGAGGAAGACAUGAGGUCGAACACUACAGUAAUGUUAUUGGAGAGGAUGGGUGAAUGUGCUGCCCCUGGGUGGCAGAAGCAGCUUGCAAUGCAUCAAUUGGGCUGUGUAAUGCUUGAGAGGGGCGAGUACAAGGAUGCGCAGAAAUGUUUUGAGGAAGCCGUGCAGGAAGGGCACGCCUAUUCUGUUGUCGGCGUAGCUAGGGCCAAAUACAAGAAGGGGCACAAGUACUCUGCCUACAAGCUCUUAAAUAGCCUGAUAUCUGAGCACGCCUCCAAUGGUUGGAUGCAUCAGGAACGUUCUUUAUAUUGCAAUGGCAAUGAGAAGAUGACCGACUUAAGCACCGCCACAGAACUUGAUCCAAUUCUCUCUUACCCUUACAAAUAUAGGGCUGUGACACUGGCGGAGGAGGAUAAACUCGGUGCAGCAGUUGCAGAAAUCAGCAAGAUUCUUGGAUUCAAGGUCUCAACAGAUUGUCUUGAGCUGCGGGCAUGGUUCUAUUUGGCACUUGGUAGUUAUGAGUUGGCUCUUCAGGAUAUCAGGGCAAUCUUGACCUUGGACCCAGGUUACAUGAUGUUUCAUGGUAAGAUGCAUGGGGAUCAGCUUAUUGACGCUCUUCGGCAAUAUGUGCAGCCCUGGGACAUGGCUGAUUGUUGGAUGCAGCUGUAUGAUCGGUGGUCUGCAGUCGAUGAUAUCGGUUCGCUUGCUGUGGUGCACCAAAUGCUGACAAAGGAGCCUGGAAACAGUAGCUUACGGUUUCGUCAAUCUCUGCUCCUGCUAAGGCUCAAUUGUCAGAAGGCUGCAAUGCACAGUCUGCGAAUGGCUCGAAAUCAUUCGACAAGUGAACAUGAGAGGCUUAUUUAUGAAGGUUGGAUUUUAUAUGACACUGGUCAUCGCAAGGAAGGACUGGCAAAGGCGGAAGAGUCUAUUACUCUUCAAAGAUCAUUUGAAGCAUUUUUUCUGAAGGCGUAUGCUCUAGCUGAUACAAAUCUAGACCAGGCUUCUUCCUCCAAAGUUAUUCAACUGUUGGAGCAAGCUAAUAGCUGUGCUUCUGAUAACCUCCGGAAAGGGCAGGCAUAUAACAAUAUGGGAAGCGUUUAUGUGGACUGUGACAUGCUGGAUGAAGCUGCUGAAUGCUACAUUAAGGCUUUGGCCAUCAAGCACACGCGUGCUCAUCAGGGUCUGGCUCGUGUUUAUUAUCUUAAGAACCAAAAGAAAGCUGCUUACGAUGAGAUGACAAAACUGAUUGAAAGAGCUAAAAACAAUGCUUCAGCAUAUGAAAAACGAUCAGAAUAUUGUGAUCGUGACAUGGCAAGAAGUGACCUUAAUAUGGCAUCAAAGCUGGAUCCACUAAGGACCUAUCCUUAUAGAUACAGAGCUGCAGUGCUAAUGGAUGAUCACAAGGAAGAGGAAGCCAUCACUGAGCUCUCGAGAGCUUUAUCGUUCAAGCCCGACCUUCAGCUCCUUCACCUGCGUGCUGCUUUCUAUGAUUCCAUGGGAAAUUACGCAGCUACUUCACGAGAUUGCGAGGCAGCGCUCUGUAUCGAGCCCGAUCAUUCUGAUACGCUCGAACUCUAUGACCGAGCCCGUGCACGGGCCAUCGAGCAACUGAAGUAGAGCAUCCUCCAUUUCUCUCCGGAUCUUCUGAAUAUUCUACUUUGAUGCAUGAUGCGCAGAGCCAGACACAAAGUGGUGAAGAAAGCGGUAUGUAUAUAUCUUAACGACGACUCCAUGUGGUCUGCACGUCUGAGCUUUAUACGCUGUAGAGAUUUGUGUAAAUUCAAAGCUGCCAAUUGCUGCUGCAUCAAGUUUGAGUUUUUCUCCUAGGGCUGCCUAUUUCUUGUCAUAACUCAUCUUGAAACAGAUUUUUCCACAGUUUUCCAAUGUCCAAAAGUUGAACGGGCAGUCACAUUUCCCUCCCCAAUAACUGAAUUGUUCUUCCAAUGAAAUGGAAUUUCUAUUAGUUUCAAGGUUAGAAAGCGUUAUAUAACUGAUACCAGAUUCUUCUGAUUAGGGAAAUCAGUGAAAAUGCUUUGAGUUCCUUA